CGGACUGGUCGGGCGGAUGUCUCCCUGGUGCCUCCCCGAUGGAACCUGUGAACCCUCCUGUGCUCAGGUGAUUCCUCUGGGGACAUAUUUUUAAGUCGAGAUCCGUCUCUUCAUAAACCACAAAGGACCCACGGGAGAACAGUGGGCCAUGCCCGUGGCACUGUGGCGCACCGGGCUCCUGCUCUGCUUCCUCACCUUCUGCGCUUCUCUGGAGGAGGAGUGCGUCCUGGGUGUCGUGGGUCGUCCUGUGCUGCUGCCCUGCUUUCACCCUGAACCAGUGAACAUCUCUCAAAAUGCAUCAGUGGAGUGGAGGAAGGACCAGAAACUGGUGCUCAGAGCAAAGUGGGAAGAGGAUGGAGAUGUGGUCAUGUGGAGCCUCAACAGCGCCACCAUCUCACCUGACGCUCUGAUCACUGGGAACUUCUCUCUGGAGCUGCCCAAAGUUGACCCCAAAAAGGACAACACGAACUAUAGUCUAUCUGUGGUGUUGUCGGACGGUCAAAGUGUCCGGAUGUGCACCGUGUGUCUCAAGACAGCAGCGAGUUUCAGCUUCCCUCAGGUGCAGAGAGAAGAAGCAGCUCAGGGCAAUGAGACAGUGUUCCUGUGUCAGUCCAGUGGUGGAUUCCCUGAACCUGCCGUCUACUGGCUCAUCAAUGACACUGAGCAGCCACCAGAAGGCUCAGUUAAGACCCGGUCCACAGUGCUCCCUGACUCUGUCCUCUACAACAUCACAAGCCACCUCACGGUCCAGAUUCCCAAAGACUAUAGUGUGUCCUGCUCCAUUCAGAACCAACGCAUGAAUGAAACCCUGACGUCGAAAAGCAGUGGAGCUGGGGUCAGCACAGUGAGGACUCGAGCGUCAGAGGGCAUGUGGAUCUUCAGCACUGCUCUCUGUGUUGUUGUUGGUGUGAUGGUGAUAGCAGGAGUCGCCUAUCAGAUCCACUUGGACAGAAUAAGUAAGAGGAGGAGGAAACAAUACGAGUCGCAGCGUCAGACAGAAAGAGGAUACAAAAGGAGAAACCACUGCAUAGAGGAAACUGAGGUCAUGACACAAACAUCAAAAGAGACGGACGUGUAAAAAAAAAAAAAAAACUGUUAUCGCUGGUUCAUUAUGGAGCGAUGGGACUUUCUAUUGAACACAUUAAAGAA